AUGUCUUUAUUCCAUAUUACCGACACUAUACGUUUUCAAUGUUUAAGGUUAUAUCUAAUCUAUCAAAAUAAAAACUUAAACAAAUACAACAGCAUCUUAAACUUUAAAUCAUGUAGACUGCCAACGUACAUAAUAUUUAAAUAAAAUCAUGCAAUUAAAAAAACUACGCUUAUACAGGGUGAUUUCGAAGUUGAGUCAUUUAUUUUAGCAGUGAGUAGA